AUGUCCGCGACUCCAGCGCGCAGAGACCCGUUCAAGCCCGCGAAGAGAGUCGCGGGUCAGAAGCAGGAUGUCUGGUCCAUUGUCAAUGAGGCCGCCGCUGCUUCCCCCAUCCAGCCCAUCGUAAACAUGGGCCAAGGUUUCUUCGGCUAUAACCCUCCGCAGUUUGUCCUCGACGCCGCAAAGGCCGCGCUGGACCGCGUCGAAUGCAACCAAUACUCUCCUACCAAGGGUCGCCCACGCCUAAAGCAGGCGCUUGCGGAUGCCUAUUCGCCAUUCUUCGGUCGGACCUUGAACUCGGAGACGGAAAUCACCAUCACGACUGGCGCCAAUGAGGGUAUGCUCAGCGCUUUCAUGGCAUUUAUUGAGGAGGGCGACGAGGUCAUCGUCUUUGAGCCGUUCUUCGACCAGUACAUCUCCAACAUCGAGAUGCCUGGCGGCAAGGUUAUCUAUGUGCCCAUGCAUCCGCCAAAGGAUGGCGCUGUUAAGUCGACGUCGGCCGCCGAGUGGACUAUUGAUAUGAAGGAGCUCGAGGCUGCCAUUACGCCCAAGACGCGCAUGAUUGUCCUCAACACCCCGCACAACCCCAUUGGCAAGGUCUUCUCUAAGGAGGAACUGCAAGCUAUUGGUGACCUCUGUGUCAAGAACAACAUCAUCAUCCUUUCUGACGAGGUGUACGACCGUCUGUACUAUGUGCCAUUUACCCGCAUAGCGACGCUUUCGCCUGAGAUCGCCAAGCUCACCCUCACGGUCGGCUCGGGUGGAAAGAACUUCUAUGCCACCGGCUGGCGCGUCGGUUGGUUGAUCGGACCAGAGCACAUGAUCAAGUAUGUCAGUGCCGCUCACACUCGCAUUUGCUACAGCAGUGUCAGUCCUUUGCAGGAGGCGACUGCUGUAGCAUUUGAGGAAGCCGAGAAGCACAACUUCUGGAACGAAUCAAAGGACGAGAUGCAUGGAAAGAUGAACGAGUUCAACAAGAUUUGGGAUGAACUUGGUCUGCCGUACUCUGAUCCGGAGGGAGGCUACUUCGUCCUGGUCAACAUGUCCAAGGUGCAACUGCCUGAUGACUACGAGUUUCCCCCUCACGUCGCCGAGCGCCCGCGGGACUUCAAGCUGUCGUGGUUCCUUAUCAAGGAGGUCGGUGUGGCAGCCAUCCCGCCGACGGAGUUCUUCACCCCCGGGAACGCCCACAUCGUGGAAGAUUGGCUGCGGUUCGCCGUUUGCAAGAACGAUGAUGUGUUGGAAACUGCGCAGGAGCGCUUGAGGGCCCUUAAGAAGUAUAUCAAGUAG